GCUAGAAACUACCUACCUCGCUUGUAGUUGCAAGCACUCCUAUACCAUGUCACCGCAGCAAUGAUGUCUACGGGUCUACGAGUUCGCCAACCCUUCGCGGGUGCCUUUGGCGUGCUGCUGCUGCUGUCGGCAUAUCUAGGACUGUCAACGUCCAAGAUCCCUAGCUAUGGCCAGAGUGACAAGGGACUACAUUUUGUGACUUUCUUCCUACUCACAACAGCAUUCUAUUGGAUCAUUGAAACUACAAGACGCCGCGCCAUCCAUCUUACUCUCCUCGCCGUAACAACUGGCCUCUCAAUCGGUUCUGAGGUAGUCCAAGCCUUUCUCCCGAACGACCGCGACUUCGACCCUUUUGACAUUGCCGCGAAUGUCGUGGGCUCCUCAUGCGCCCUACUCUUAUGUAGUUGGUACCACAAACGUAUGUUGGAGCGCAAGAGGAAGAACAAGACUUAUGAUAUUGUCCCAGGCGAAGCGACGGAAGAUGCGGACGUAGAACUUGGGGAAGGGCCAGGCCUUGGAGCUCAGGAAAGCGGGGUGGUUGAUGCUCAGGCAGGUGGAGGAGCAGCCAAAGUGACGGAUGUCACGCAGGAGUUGAACGAAUGGGACGAAAACGAAGAGGACUACUGGGAGGACGAAGGGGCUGAGACAGCGAAAGCAGCCGCAGGCGUAGGAGGGCAAGAGGACUCCAGCAAGAAGCGUGCGGAAUGAGAGUUAGCAGUAACGAAUAAUGUACGAAUGCAUUGAGGUCAGUCUGAUGCCUAUGCGCUGCACUGUGGUGAUGUGCAGCGCUUAAUAUUACGCUGCCUCCUGUGGUCCUCGUAUUCUGCGCCGUGCUGAGUGUGGACGAUAGGCACAACUGCAAUGACGGUUCGGGAGCAAUAGGCGUUGCUUCAAUACUGACGAGCAAAAGCCGACUACUCUCACCACGAGGAGGGACAAUAUUCUGGUUGGAGAAGGCGGUUUCGUACUCAGUUCAUUCGAAGCUACUCGGGACUUCGCAGACCACAGCUGAAUCGGCUUGCGCUCUUUUCGAGUACUGCGUGCCACUCUCAGAUUUCCGGGUUUUCGGACUUUCUCCGACUUGCCGACUGCGUGACGUCCGUCCGAAUUUCACUUCAUACCCAAUGCUCCAUUUCGUUCGUAAUGUGCUUAAGCAGCAGCCUGGGCACCAAGUGGCUUAGGACCCUGGGCCUGACCUGGCUGGAUCUUCUUGCCGUCCUUGUUGUAUCGAACACGUGGCGGUGGUGCACGGUUGCGGCGACCCUCGCGCGAGCGGACACGGACAAUCUUGCCGUGGAUAGCGCACGAGACGCAGUACUGGAGCUUCAAGUACAUCUUUGGCACUGCGUACUCUGCGAACACAGAGGCAUCCGAGAUAUCACCUAUUCAUCGUUGUCCUCUCAGUUUCUUAUUAUUUCACAACAAUGCUUUUCAAAACUGCCGCUCCCCGCGGGAGCACCGUGUUCUUCAGCCAUAUAAUGGUUGGUACAUACGGAUAGCAGCGGAUUCAACCAUGUUGCGAAUGGUGAAUCUCUUGAUUGCCUUGUCCUUGGGCGUGCAUCGCGAGCAGUUGGAGCAUCGGAUUGGCUUGACGUGGCCGCGGCCCUUCUUGUUGCGACCGUUGGAUGCUCUCUUCUUGACCAUGUUGGGCGACUGUGUGGU